AUUUUUAUUAAACAGCUGUUUUUUUUUACACCCACUCAUUUAACCAAAGCAUACCUACAAAUAUUUUCAUUCAAUUUCGAAUUAAUUAAACAUUUUAUUUUAUAUUUUCUUCUAAAAAUUAAAAAAAAUGUCCCACGGUUCAAAUGAUUCUGUUCUGGAGGUUGUAAAAAAUAAAUUGCUUCAAACUAGGGCUGAAGCAGACAAAGCACAGAAUGAAGUUGAGAGACUGCAAAGAUUGUUAAUUGAAGAAAGGGAAAAACAAAAAUUGCCGCAACAAAAACUCCAAUAUGCAGAAAAAGAGGCAAACGAAGCAAAACAAGAAUUAGUUUUUCUAAGACAAAAAAUAGCUCAAGAGGGUGCUGCUCGUGAAAAGGCGAGAGGAAUAAUCAUUUUUUAAUUAAAAAUAUUUUUUAGGCUGAAAGAGAAUUGGCCGUUCUUAAACAAAUUCUUCAAGAUGAAACUUCGAGACGGGCACAAAACGAUACUCUUAAAAAUUUAUAUCCACGAAAAUAAAUUGAAAAAUAAAUAUUUUUUUAAUUGUUAAAAUUUGAAUUUUCAAUAGUGCCAGGCGGAAAUUGGAUUGUGGAAUAAAAAAUUCAACUUUCCCAUUGAAGCAAUGUUCAAAUCGAGUACCUUUCUCGAUUAUUUUUUCGAUUAUUUGCUCUCCUUCGAAAGUAUUCCCUCCCUCCUCGAUCAAUUACUGGAGCAGGCCAAGGUACUGCAGCCCAGGGUACCUUCUGUUCUCAGUUGUCGCAACAACUUCCCGUGACCGACAUUCCCCGCCCUUGGAACAACUUCCCCUGUCGAUGAACAAAUUGCUUGAACAACAUUCCCCCAUUGGAACAUCAUCAUUCCCUUUUGAAAAGAUUAUCGGCGGUACCUUGG